CUAGUUAUUCAGUCACCGCCAGUCUCUGUUGCCUUUGCUUUCGUUCCAGGAGAGGCGCCAUGGGGCGGGUCAUCCGUGCUCAGAGGAAGGGUGCUGGUUCGGUAUUCAAGUCUCACACGCACCACCGUAAGGGUGCGGCUAGGUUCAGAAGCCUUGAUUUCGGUGAGCGAAACGGUUAUCUGAAAGGUGUGGUCACCGAUGUCAUUCACGACCCUGGUCGUGGAGCUCCUCUCGCCAAGGUUACUUUCCGCCACCCCUUCAGGUAUAAGAAGCAGACUGAGCUCUUCAUUGCAGCCGAGGGUGUGUAUACUGGUCAGUUCGUCUACUGCGGCAAGAAAGCCUCCCUUGUCGUCGGUAACGUGUUGCCCCUGAGAUCCAUUCCCGAAGGAGCUGUUAUUUGCAAUGUAGAGCACCACGUCGGUGACCGUGGCGUAUUUGCUAGGUCUUCUGGUGAUUAUGCCAUCGUUAUCAGCCACAACCCAGAUAACGACACUUCUAGGAUCAAGCUGCCAUCGGGUGCAAAGAAGAUUGUUCCAAGUGGCUGCCGUGCCAUGAUUGGCCAGGUUGCAGGUGGAGGGAGAACUGAGAAGCCCCUUCUUAAAGCUGGCAAUGCUUACCACAAGUUUAGGGUGAAGAGAAAUUGCUGGCCUAAGGUGCGUGGUGUGGCUAUGAACCCUGUGGAGCAUCCUCAUGGAGGGGGUAAUCACCAACACAUUGGACAUGCAAGUACUGUCAGGCGUGAUGCUCCUCCUGGCCAGAAGGUCGGUCUCAUUGCUGCCAAGAGAACUGGUCGUCUUAGGGGACAAGCAGCUGCAACUGCUGCUAAAGCUGAUAAAACUGCUUGAGGAGUGUCUUAGAUUAUUGUUCAUUUGCAUGUUUUUUGAUCUUGUCUCUUUGAUAGUUUGUCUGCCAACCUUGGCACUGUUUUGAGAACAUAUUUCCCCAAAAUAUGGAGUUUUGAAUGGACAGCCUGUUAUAUUUGUUUAAUAUGCAAUAGAAUUAAGCAGUUUAUCUCC